AUCUGGAGAAGUGGUUGAGCACAGGAGCGCAUGGCGGUGGGGAAAGCUGCGAGAAGGGGAGAGAUGUGAAGUUUUAGGAAGGGAGGUGGGGGCCCAUCCCACUGUGUAGGUAGCGAGUGAGCAGAAGUGUUCUAUCUGUCGUCUGUAGGGCUUAGAAAUGCAAACCAGGGAGAUUUCUCUGCCUGGCUUUUGAUCUCCGCUGUGAGCGCCCAGGGGAGGCCUGACCUGAGAUGGAUUAUUGACCAGAGCAAAGCUAUGUACCUGGAUUACCUUCACUGCGGACAAGGAUGGUUUAACUGUGAGGAGCAGGGUUACUGCUACUCUUCCUGCUGUGUUUCCUCGUAUCUACCUGAGCCAUUACCUUUAAGCAAGAGGGAUGACUCAGGUGCCUGCUGACUACCUGUCAACCACCAGCUCCUACAACUAUGAGCAGCCCCUUCCCUCCUUGGCUCGGACCAGCACUGUCACCAAGGUACCCCCAGCCAAAAAAAUAACCUUCUUCAAGAGUGGAGAUCCUCAGUUUGCAGGAGUCAAGAUGGCCAUCAACCAGCGAAGCUUCAAGAGCUUCAAUGCACUCAUGGAUGACCUCUCUCACAGGGUCCCACUGCCUUUUGGGGUACGGACCAUCACCACCCCACGAGGAAUACAUUGCAUCAGUGAGCUGGACCAGCUGGAGGAUGGAGGAUGCUACCUUUGCUCCGACAAGAAAUAUGUCAAGCCUAUUAGCAUUACUUCUGGGGGACACAGGCCAGGCCCUCCGCGAAAUGGUCGUCCCUCCAGUACCUUGAGAAGAGCUGCUCAGGAGGGAAAGCUUGAAGAGUAUUCCACACCUUUCACUCAGCAUGGCCCAAGAAUACCCAAGAAAAUCACUCUAGUUAAGAAUGGAGAAAGUGGUUUCCGGCGCUCAAUUAUCUUGAACCGCAGAAAUGCCAGGAGUUUCAAAACGCUCCUGGAUGAGAUUUCAGACAUCCUGCAGUUCCCAGUGAAGAAGCUUUACACUGUUGAUGGGAAGAAGAUCGACAGCAUGCAGGCUCUGCUUCACUGUCCCAGCGUGCUGGUGUGUGUCGGCCGGGAGCCAUUUAAACCUGUAUCGAUGGAGAAUUUGAGGAAACACUCGGUGGAGAAGCUGCCCAACCUGGCUCCCCGUUCCAACGGCAACAAUGUCAAUGAAAACAAUGAAAUGAACUUUGGACUGAAAGCCAAAAAAAGUGUUAUCCAUCCACGGUCAGCAUCAAGCAAUCGGUCAAUGAGAUUUUCUUUAUCAUCAGAAAAGUCGUAUCCUAAUGGUCUCGUUGCCUCACCAGAUAAUGGUGCAUCUUUCUCAAACAGUUUCUCACAUCCAAAACCUGGGGACCUGGUCCAUUCCUUGGUCAAUGACGACAUAGAAAAACGGGUACAUGUGAACAAGGAUGGUAGCCUAUCCGUUGAGAUGAAAGUCCGCUUCCGCUUGCUGAAUGAUGAGACUUUGCAGUGGUCCACCCAGAUCAAAAAGUCCAAUCUGAUGAACGAGAUGCCUUGUGAAGAGUCAGGUGUAGAGGAGGACAGCGGAGUAGACCCCAUACAGAAAAUGAACCCAGAAGCCAGCUCAGAGGCGGAUGAGUCAUUAUAUCCCUGUGAUAUUGAUUCUUACAUGUCAAAACUUGAGGAAUCAGAAUGUGACGAGGCUCAUUGUCAUAGCUGUGGAAAGAAACACCAGGACUAUGACAUUUGGAAAAACCCCAUGCACAUAUCCCAGAGGGAAGAGCCCAGUGUACGAAGCACCUGGCACACACGGUCGUCAUGCUCCAGCACAUCUUCCCGGAGGAGAGUAGUCCACAAAAAAAUGGCUUCUGUGGAUAGCCUCCACACCACAUCCAGUGAGGAGUUCUCUGAGCACAUUGUGCAAGAGUCCUCAUCCUACUCAGAGACUAUAGAGAACAGAGUGGCAUAUAGAUCCAUUAAAAAGUGUAUGUGUCGAAGUGAUUUGUCUACAGGUGCUUCCAAUGGAGAAGACCAGCAAGAAUACACUCGGACAAGCACGAGCAAUAGUCAGAGACCUUCAUCCUUGGGUUUAAUGUCACAUUCAAGCUGUGAAAACAACCUGGAUACCCAAGACGCCCCCGAAGACCAUGAGGCCAGCAAAACCAAUUCACAAAAUGAAGAUGAAAAUUGUUUUGAAGUUUCCUCUGUGAAGUGCUUAAAGAAUGAUGCAGAAGAGAUUGAAAGCAGCAGAGUUGGGAGUGUCUCAUCAAGGUCAUCUCUGCAGUCCAGACAGAGCAAGAAGAACGUAUGUGAGGAAACAAGUAGCACGGGUAGGACCAUGUCCUCCUCAAGUGUUCAGAAGGCAAGUCAAGAAGAUAACACUAGGUGCUCCACUUCUGCCAACAGUGUGCACAGCAAGUCUAGUAACUGUACCACGCCAACAGCAAAGAGUGAACAGAAUGACCACUCUGAUGACAACGUAGUGGUCUCCUCCUUCUCCAGUGAGUCCUGCCCUAAGAAAGAGGCUGAAGAGGCUGAAGCAGAACAAGAUGAAAUCAAUGAAGUCAGCUCAGUGUCAGCAAAAACAAAGCCCAGCCGAUCAAUUAGAGAUGAGAGCAGUGAAAGUGAACGAUGCUCUACACAAGGUACCCCCCAUUCCAGAGCUAGUGACAGGAACAGCAAGAGAAGUGACAGUGAUGAGAUUCUGUGCAAUGCCUCUUGCUCUUCCAGAGGAUCCAAAAAGAGCAAACACAGCCAUAUUCAUUUGGAUGCACAGUCUGAAAUGUCUGUGUCUUCACUUGAAUCCACUCUGAAUAAAAAGAAGAAUUCCCUACAUGCAGAUGAUCUGAGAUCAUGCAGCAGGGCAUCUAAUUACUCCAAAAGCUCAUGUGAAAUCAAGAAAAAAUCUGUUAGAGACCCCAUGUCUCAUAACUCAGGAUCUUUUCACUCAAACAUUUCAUCUACUAGUGAAGCAGAGGCAAUUACAGGUUUUACUGAGGAGAAAAGCUUGAAAAGUACCGCCGAUGGCUACAGUGAAUCCUCAAAAGGCUCAAAGAAGAGAAGCCAUAGAGAAGAAAAUAGUAAGCCAUCAUCCCUCUGCUCAAGUGUUUCAAGCCCUAAUGAAAAAGCUGGAGAGGGUCAUUCCAAGAUUAAUUCAGAGGCCCCAUCUUCAAGACAGGGAAGUAUGAGCGAGAGUAUAUGUUCAAAAGGUGACCACUCAACUGAGACUGGGAUUAGGAAUGGAAACCCUGCAAGUGUCUCUUCAAGAGUCUCUUCAAAGUCAGAAGUAAAAGAUAAAUGCUUGUUGACACAGGUAUCCCAGGAAAGUGAUGAUAGGUGUUUACAAUCAAACAUAUCUCAGUCUUCAAAAUCAAGGCAGGUAAAAACUAGAAAUCUCCAUGUGAGGAUGUCAAACUCCAGCCGAGCAUCACUGUCUGAGACUUUGUCAGUAUGUAGUAUGCAUUGUCCUGCCCCACCAAAAGGGAAGCCAAACAGCAAAAAAAUACAUUCAGCCAUGUUGAAGAACUCUUCCCUUAGCAGCAUAGGUACUGAGUCAGUGCUGACCACAGGAAAAGAGCAGAAAGAAAUUGUAGAUUCCUCCAAAGCAACUUCCUAUGGGUCUAAAUCAGCUGCAACUGAAAUAAAUGAUCAGAAGAAUAAAGAGACUGACGAUUCUUGCAACAGAAAAGUGGAGGAAGAGUUAGAAAGCACAGGUAUGCAGGAGGAAGGGAGUGAUUUAAUGCCAUCUACUCUACCAAAUACAACUCCAGAAGAAGUUGUGCAAGAAUGGCUAAGUAAAAUCCCUUCAGAAACAUUGCUUAUGAAAUAUGAAAUGGAGGAUGAUGCAGAAGAGGAAUGUAUAGAGGCAACCACUGAGGUAUCAUACUGUCCAAAUGCCAAGGAAACCUCGGAGGAUGAAAACACUGAGAAAAAGAAUGUAGAGCAGGCUGAAAAUGAAGCAAACGAUGAAGUGGGAAAAGAGACAGCAGAAGGCACUGCUAUUAAUGAAGAGGCUGAAGAGUGUGUGAAUCAGGAACAAAUCUCUGAGGUUGUGUCCGAAGCUGCCGAAGCUGCCGAAGCUGCCAAAGCUGACCAGGCGGAAUGCAGCCAGUCAGUUACAUCCAGCCAAAAUAACAACAGAAGAGACCUGCCAACCUCUGUCCAGACUUCCGUCCAGAUCAUGAAGGCCUUGCUCAGUUCAAAACAUGAAACAAAAUUUGACCGAUCAAACAGUUUGCCUGAAGUGUCCCCCACUAUGGGGAGAAAACUGAGUAACUCUGCCAACAUUUUGAUUACUUGUCUUGCGAGUCUCCAACUCCUUGAUGAAGUGUCAGAAGAUCCAUCAGAUAAAUCAAAAUGUUUGAAUAAGCCCAGGUAUAUGGAGCUGCUAAACAUUUUUCAAGCCCUGUGGUUUGGAUGCACAGCUGAAAAAAGUGGUCCAAGUUCAGGUCAAGAGGCAAGUGAGCAGCCAAAGACAGCCUCUGGGUUUAAAGCUCCCAAAUCUGUAGAUUGUGACUUCACCCCCAUGUCCUCCUCUGGGGUUGAUGUUGGCAGUGGUUCUGGUGGCUCAGAAGAGAGUACAGCUGGUGCCAGGGACUGCACCUUAACAGCACAGAAAACUGCUGAACUCAAAUCAGCUGGACAAGUGGAAAAUGUAGAGACUGGCACUGAACUGACUGAGGGUGAGGAGCAAGGUAAAGAGGAAGAGCAGUCAUCCCGACCUUCGACAGCCUGCUCCAAAUCAAAAGGAGAGGCAAAAGCACAGUCUACUAGAGAGGACUCUCUAAUUCAGGAGGCAGAAGAGAAUAAGGAGGAUCAGUGCAGUAACUGUGAAAAUGGUCAGGUGGAAGGGGGAGAAAAUGAAAACAAAGAAAACAGCAAAUUAACUGAAAAUGGAGAACAAGAAGAUGAAGCAGUGAAUGAUGAACUCCCAAAAGAAAAUCUUGAAGAGGAAGCUGAUCAGCUACCCACUAAUGAUGAUACUAAUGUCAAUGAUGCUGAUUGUGGAACAGAGCUGAAAGCUGAUUUGGAAGAGCAGCUUGGAAAAGAGUCUCCAAAUGACCCAGAGCCCAAAGUCAAUAUGGCCACCACUAUGGGCACAUCCUUUGUCCAGCAAAAUUCAAUGGAUCCGGACCCAAUUUGGGUCCUGAGACUGCUCAAGAAAAUCGAGAAGGAGUUCAUGACCCACUAUGUCAGUGCCAUGAAUGAGUUCAAAGUCAGGUGGAACCUGCAGAACAAUCAGCAGAUGGAUGAAAUGAUACUGGAGCUGAAGGAAGAAGUGAGUAAAAGGAUACAAAAAAGCAUAGAUAAGGAGAUGAGGAAGAUCAAAAGCAGAGCAGGGAAGAAGAUGCCAAGACCUCCAGAUGAACCACUCAAGCGUGAGUCAACACUCCAAACUGAGCAGAGGAGACGGCGAUUGCAAACUAUGCAUAAAAAGUCACUCAUCAGUGACAAGAAUGGAACCCAGACUAGGUUAGAGGACACAUCAGACUUAUCAUUUGAUGUAAAUGAAGAUACAGCAUUUAGUGCAGCUUUUGAGUCCAGUCUUAAUAAACAAACAAGUGAGGAGGAAUACUGCCCAUGUGACUCCUGUGUGAGGAAAAAAAUGGCUUCCAAGCCUGCAAGAAAGCCAGUGGUGGCCACCAAUGCCCCAGUCAUGAAGGCAUUUGAUUUACAGCAAAUCCUGAGGUUGAAGAAAAAUGAUAAUGAGGAAGCCUGUGCCUCAGAAGCAGCCCAGGACAUCAAAGCAAUUCCCAGCAGUUCUGUGGAGGAAGCAGCAGAAAACAGCAAUCCGAAUGAGGAGAACGAUGAGGGUGAACCCCAGCCAAGUGAAACGGAAGUGGAGGGCAAUGAAGAAAAGGAGCCAGAAUUAAACGAAGUGGACAGCACAACAUUGAACAGAGGUGGAGAAGGAUCUGAAAUAUCAGAGAGUCAAAACUGUGAGAUGGAGGAUGAGGUUAAAGAUGAAGAAACCAAAGAAGAAGAAAAGGAAGAAGCAGAAGAAGUGGGGGAAGAAACAAAAGAGAGAGAAGAAGAGGAAGCAAAAGCAGAGGAGGAAGAGAAAGAGGAAGAAGAAAUAAUGAAGGCGGAAGAAGAGGAGGAAACAAAAGAGGAAGAGGAGGGAGAAACAACAGAGAAAGAAGAUGAGGAAGUAAAAGAGGAAGCAGCAGAGGAGACAAAGCAGGAAGUUGAAGAGAAGUCCAAAGCUGAAGAUGAAGCUGACAAUGAAGCUGAAGAAGCAGAGGAGCCAGAGGAUGAGGACAUUGGGGCUGAUGAUGAGGAGGAGACAUCGGAAUGCAGAGGAGAUGCUGACGGCUCUGGUACUGACAACAAUCCUGAAGGAGAUGCUGCAGAAGGAACUGAAGAAGCUGAGCAGGAUGAAGCUGAGGCAGUGGAAGAUGCAAAUCCAGAGUCAGAAGAUGAGGCAUGUUCAGCUGAGGAGGAAAACAACACUGAAGGAGGUGAUAAAUAUGAUGAGAAUGAUGAGAAACCUACCAGUGAUGACCCUGACAAGGCACAUGAAACAUAUGAAGACGAAGGCAACAACAAGGUUUCUGAGAGACCCUCAAGGGUCAAAGGCAAACAAAACAAGAAAAGGCUAAAGAGUCUGAACAAAGCAGCUGUCUUUUCUUGUUAUUCUUCUGUAGGAAACUUCUCACAGCAAUCCCAGAAGGGGUCUGAAGAUGAAGGUGAAGAGGAAUGCAAAGAUGACAAUAACCCCAUGAGCAGCCAUCCCAAUGGAGAGGUUCAAAGUGAUGAGAGCAGCAAACCCUCACAGAUGUAUCCUGACUGUGAGGAAGAAGAAGAGGACAAAGAAUCUUCAUGCACUGAUUCUUCGGGAGAUGAGGACCAGGCAGAUGCUGAAGGUGUAAAUCCAAAGGAGGUUGAACAUAGUGAAGAAGUUCAGGCUUCUAAAAAGAAAGAAGACUCUGAUGAGAUUGGCCAGGAUGACCUGGACUUCUAG